AUGGAGAAUACCGACGCCUCGAGCACUGCCUCUUCCCCUCACAGGGGAGUGAGUCCCACUGCCAAGGACAUCGAGGCCGUGGCCGCUGUGACAGCCCAGGCUCAAGCCCAGGCCUUUCCUGCCACUCUCUCUGAUGCGACCGCCGAUAUCCUGGCUCUGACCAAGGCCCUCACCACCCCAAUCGAACAUAUUAUGCCUGAGGACCCUGCAACCACUGUCUCGGAACAAGUCAUCGCCGCCGUUGCCUCACCCUUGGUCGAGAACAACCCAGUCGUGACCGCCGCAACAGAGUCUGGACUUUAUCAAACACAGGACAGCGAGUCGGCAGCAGCAGUGGCAGCAGUGACGGCAGCGCUCACACCCUCCUCAGGACAGCAAUCCCUCCAUGACCAUCAGACCCCAGAGAGUCAUCAUCAACAAGCAGCAGUUCGGGAGGACCACGAACAAACAUCCAAGCCUAUGGACUGGACCAACGCCGACGAUGUCAACAGCGCCUAUAACCAGGUCCUUUCAAUAAACGCCCAAAAGGAGAAACCCUUGGGCAAGCGGACAGCUCAGGAAGCCUUUGAGCAGGAUGAGGCCGCAAGAGCACUUCAGCUCAUUGCGCUCUCACUUGGCGCGCCCAGCACUUCAAGCGCCAACACGGGCACCAGCAUGGAUGCGACCACAGCUGCUAUUGCCGCGUCUAUCUCUGGAGCUGAGCACAAGGAAACCCACGUGGUAACGGACCCGGCUACCGCAGCGCAGUUACAGCAGGGCAUGGAAGGUGUCCUGAAGACCCAGGAGACAGCGGCGUCGGUGACGGAUACCCUCAUGUCGAUAUCACGGGCCAUCAACUUUCCUUCCGAGUCGUCAUCCUACUCCAAAAUUCAGGACAGCACCGAUGCAUUCACGCAGGCUGUUAUCAACGCUACGCAGAUGGAGAUGAACAAGAACAAGGAGCUCGCGACACUUGCCAACAGUCUCGGUAACAGCAAUGGCAGCAAGGAAGGUCACAUGGACACGAGCGGUCUGGAGAAACUGAGUCUUCAUCACGAAAACCGAGCUGCUACUGGCGACCAGUCGACAUCAGCAGCGGCAGCAUCAGGAGGAGCGCCAACGACAUCCGGUUCCAAUCAAGGAUUCUCGUUCGAGAUCGACAAGGUCACUGGCAAGGCGUUGAUCAAGUGGACGGAGCCGAGCGAAUCGAGUACAGAGAUUCACGAUGCAGAUGCGCGCGCGAUUCAGCAGGCACUCCACACCUUGAUUGUCAACAGUGGAAUCGGUUUGUCAGACUUGGGAGUAGCUAACGCUGAACUAUUGGGAGCAGCCCCACCACUCGGACAGUUCCCAGCCCAGGGUUCACAGUUCGGAACAGCACAGGAUUCAGCAACUCCCAAGGCUCUACCACCAGCUCCUCGGAAAAAGCGACGACCAGCAACAACGUCAACUGCAGCCAGCGAGAAGAAUACGGCAGCAUCGAUCCCAGAGGGCGCGGCGUCAUUUCCCUGCGAGUUCCAGGGCUGCAACAAGGUCUUUGCGCGUCUCUACAACCUCAAGUCUCAUUCCAAGACACAUACCAACGAGAGGCCUUUUGUGUGCGCUCAUUGCGAUCUGGCGUUUGCUCGAGGACACGAUCUGAAGCGACAUGUCAAGGUCCACGGAGGCGAAAAGCCGUUUACGUGCAGUGGUUGCUCAAAGUCAUUUUCCCGCCUGGAUGCUCUUGGUCGCCAUCGGGCCAACUCUAAAAACCGUGCUGGAUGCCAAUCGAUCAAGGAUGCGCUUCCUCUUCCUCUUCCACCAGUGACGAUUUCAGAAACCAUGGUGGCUGCGGCAUCUAGUAUCCCUAUCUCGGCACCUCCCUCUAUUCCUGGAUCCGCUUCUGCCUCUGCCCCCGCAUCUCCACCCCCUCCUCCUCCACCCGCAUAG